CAUUAUAAUCGAUCCGUGCAAAAUAAUAACACACCGCUUUGCUCAACACGACAACGUUGUGUGUGUAACGUUUGUAGAACGAACAUUCUGUGAUCAUUUUCAAUUAGAUCUAAACUGUGGUCAUUAUUUUAGGAUAAUAACCAUACUUAAACUUUAUUUACAAUGGCUGACUAUGCUGCUGUUAAAGGUGGAAAGCUGAAAUUGAAAGGACUCAAGCUGAAAAAGUCAAAAAAGCACAAGAGUCACAAGAGGAAGCAUGAUGGAGAACCUGUGGAGCAAAAGUCGGAUCACAAGUUAGACAUUCAAAAGCAUGGAGGUUGGUGGGAGGUGAAGAAGUUCUCAGAAAUACCAUCAAAUGUCGCAAUAGAGGUCGGUGACAACUGCUACAUAACAGCUCUUGACAAUGGAGGGAUUGCAGUCGGGACCCCACGAGAUGAAGGUGAUGGCCCGGAUCCCGCGGAAAUUUUCACCUUGAUCAAAGUCAGUGAGACGAAAGUGGCCUUUAAGAGUGGCUAUGGGAAAUACCUGAGUGUUGAGUCCGAUGGGAAAGUUGUGGGUCGCUCUGAGGCCAUGGGACCACGGGAACAGUUUGAACCAGUGUUCCAAGACGGAAAAGUGGCCCUGAACGGUUGCAACAACUGCUUUGUGUCCUGUGAUGAUGAAGGGGACAUCGAGUGUGUCAGUCGCACGGCCGGCCGCGGGGAGAUGGUGCGCCUCCGAUCCAACGCUAACACGGAGAGAGACCCACUAGAGGAUAUUCCCAAGGAGGAGCGGGGAUCACUCAAGUCCUCAGAGAUUAACUAUGUGAAAAAGUUCCAAAGUUUCCAAGACCGAAGACUGCGCGUGAGUGAAGUGGACAAAACUCAGCUGAAGAAGGCCAAGAAAGAAGGAGAUUUCCAUGAGACCUUGCUGGACAGGAGGGAGAAGAUGAAGGCUGACCGUUACUGUAAAUAGCGCCGGCUUCUUCACCUCGAGGUCGUUCACCCACACAGCUGUUCCAAGUCUUCACAUCCCAUAACAUAAUACACUUGUACAUAUAUAUUACAAAUUAUCUACCCUCGCCUCGCUCAUCAAUAAAGUGUGUUUCACCUUCAGUA